UCAUCCUUGCCGAUUGUACCACCUUUCUGUUAGUCCAGACCGUAUACGAUUAAAUCCCUCGCUGCUACAUUUUUCUGGUAAACCUCCCUAAAGCCCCUGCAGCGAGAAGACCUGCCAUAACCAAACCGUCAUGAAUGAAGAGAUUCGCUCGCGCACUCUCUCAUUCUAAGCCCUCCAUCAAAACCUUAAUCACUCAAAAUCUCUACUCGCAAGCCUUCAAGUAUUCGCUUUCUUCUCUUAAUCCUCUCCUCACCGACAAUGUGUAUUCCCUUUUUAUCAAGUCAGGCUGUCCCCUUGACCCCUUCUUAUCUGCCACUCUCAUCUCUCACUUCUCCAGAAAUGGAGAUUUCGCUCGAGCCCUCGCCUUCCUUUCAGAUACCCAAAACCCCGACACCGUCACCUACAACGCCCUCAUUUCUGGGUUUGCCCGUUUUCGACGAUCUGCAGGUGUUUUUGAGUUGUUUGAUGAUAUGAGAUAUCUUGGUUUGCGGCCUGAUGUGUACACACUCAGUUCUUUGGUUAGGGGCUGUGAUGGUUUGGAUGAGAAUGAGAUUGCGCACGGGAUUUGUUUGAGGACGGGACUUGGUAAUGAGGGGUUCGUGGUAAGCGGGUUGAUUGAGAAUUACACCAAAAACGGGGACUUAGAGUCGGCCGAGAAGUGUUUUGCCAAUUGUUUGCGCGUUGAUAAUGUGGUUUGUACAUCUAUGAUCUGUGGAUAUGUUAGGAAUGGGAAGUUUGGGAAUGGUAAAAAUAUUUUUUCAGGGAUUACGCGUUUGGGUUUGCAGUUGAACGAAUUUAGCUUGACUGGUGUUCUUGGGGCGUUGGAUAACGUGAGAGAAGGGGAGCAGAUUCAUGCACUUGGCCUUAAGAUGGGUUUGUUGAACGGUAGUUCAAUUCAUUUGAACAAUGCAAUCAUGAGUAUGUAUUCCAGGUGUUGUAGUAGAUUUGAUGCUGUUAAGAUGUUUGAUGAAAUUAUUGAACCGGAUAUUGUUUCUUGGACCGAGAGGAUAGGUGCUGCUUUUGAUGGCGAGGAAGCUUUGGAAUGGUUUAAGAUUUUGCGUCUAAGAGAUCUUGAGAUGAAUGAGUACACAAUCAUCAAUGUUUUAUCUGCAGUUGCAGGCAAUAAAAUAUUGGUGGUUGGGAGACAAGUUCAAGCACUUUGUCAUAAGUCAGGGUGUUUGCAUAUGGUUUCUGUUAGCAAUGCUUUGAUAACUUUGUAUGGGAACUGUGGAGAGAUGAAUGAUGCAAGUUGCAUGUUUAAUGAGAUGGUUUAUCGUGACUCUGUUUCUUGGAAUUCUCUUGUUGCUGGGUAUGCUGGAAAUGGAUUUUGUGGUCAAGCUCUUGAAAAAUUUUCUCAGAUGCGUCAAUUUUCUCUUCAACCCGAUAACUAUACAGUAGCUAGCAUUCUUGAAGCAGUGUCCAACUUCAAUUGUCUAAAGCUGGCAAUGCAAACACAUUCAUAUAUAAUUAAAUAUGGAUUUUUGUUGGAUGAUUCCAUUGUGUCUUGCUUGAUAACAACAUAUGGGAAGUGCAAUGGGAUCAAUGAAUCGAAAAUGAUAUUUUUUGAGAUUGAUGAAAUGAAUGUGGUACAUAUUAACGCAAUGACAAGUGCUUUGCUUAAUUCUCAUUGUCAUCAAGAUGCUAUGCAUUUGUUUCAAACCACAUGGAACUCCAACCUUAAGAUAGACAGCAGAACUUUCAGUACUGUGCUUAAAGCUUGUGCUGCUGUAACUGAUCUGGAUCGAGGGAGAGCAAUUCAUUCCCUAACUCUAAAAUCCGGAUUACAUCAGGACAACUUUGUUGUCACUGCUGUCAUUGACAUUUACUGCAAGUGUGGCAGCAUAGAUGAUGCAGAGAAAGCAUUCAGGAGUGCAUCUGAAGAAAAUUUGGCUGCUUGGAAUUCAAUUAUUUUGGGAUAUGCGCAACAUGGUCGCCAUUGCAAAGUUCUUGAGCUCUUCCGCUGUUUGUUAAUAUUUGGAAUUAAACCUGAUGAAAUAACUUAUCUUGGGCUUCUUAUGUCAUGUUGCCAUUCUGGGCUUGCGAGAGAGGCACAGACUUUCAUAAACUCUAUGUUUGAAAUUCAUGGAUUAACCCCAGAAUUAGAACACUAUGCUUGCAUGGUUGAUCUGCUUGGUCGAGUAGGACGCUUGGAAGAUGCAAAGGCCACCAUAGAUCACAUGCCAAUUCCACCGGAUGCUCAUAUAUGGCAAAUUCUUCUAUCAGCUUGUCACAUGCAUGGAGAUGUUCACCUGGGGAGACUUGCAGCAAGUCAACUUCUUGAGAUGCAGCCUGAUAAUGAAUCUGCCUAUCUUCUUCUUUGCAAUCUCUAUGCUUCAGCUGGUUUGUGGGAUGCUAUUGGGAAGUUGAGAAAGGAAAUGAAAGAAAAAGUAUUAUGUAAAGAACCUGGUUCCAGUUGGAUUCAGAUAGGAGGAUUCAUGUAUUACUUUUUUGCUCAUGAUGCAUCCCAUCCUGAGAGUAAAAAUAUAUUUGCAGAGCUGAUAAAGUUAUAUGACCAGAUGCUUCUGGCCCCAAAAUUGCAACAGGAUAGCAUUUUUCUCUUAUAUGAUGGCACUGGCAACUAGAGCAAGUUAAUUUCAAGGGCUGACGAAUGAUUCCAGUGCCAAAAUUUGCUUUGUUGACCAAUUAAUUCCACUUUGCUUUUGAUGUAAAGGUAAAUAUUCAAUUAGAAGGACAUUGUCGGGAUAGGACCAUGUUUUGAGAUACAUAAAAAUCUGUGCUCGCCUAAGUUACUUUCCAAUUCGAUACAAAUUCAUGACAGGUACUAUUUUUAUCAUUUUGUAUCUAAGUUCUUGUUUCUAUAUUAGAAAUACUAUUUGCUUUUCAACCAUAGAAGUAAAAAAUAUUUCAUAAUACAGGACUUCAAAAAAUUGAGCUUUAGAUAAGUGUUUUCAAUCUUUAUGUUCCUGGUUAAUUAGAAGCAGUAAUAUGAAAAGUUAAAACUUUCUAUUUGGAGAUAUCAAGGGACUGUAACUGUGAUGACCAUCCUGCUAUUUUGGUGGUUGAUUACUUCCUAGUCUUCUGUGUUCCAAUAGGGUUCAUCAGGUUAUUCUUUUUUUCUUUUUAAGAGAGCAAGUGGACUCUACCUAAAUCGUAUUACUUGUAUUUAUGGUUUUGGUUUGAGAAGUUUUUAAAUGCCAAUGAUGGUGUACGUUGGAAGUAGGUUUGCAAGUAUUUGUUCAUCGGUGAGUUUGUUCUUUUAAUAAUUACAGAGUUUUCAUUAUUUUUUCCUUAAUAAAUUCCUAUACAAAUUCUUGCACAAGGAUUAGUUUGAUUGGAAGAAAGUUAUUUUCCUGCAGUUUCAAAUUAAUUUUUGGAAUGGAUUUGUUGCAGAAUUUAACAUUCAAGUGGUGUGCUUGCAAUUAUUUUGCUGUUGCAUAGCAUUACUCUGGGAUAAAUUUGUGAAAGUGGAAUUCGGCCAUAUGUUCCUGAUGAGAAAGAAGGGUCAGAACUGCUGCCGAACAAGUAGAAUUUGUGAAAGGGCCCAUUGUAUGAAAAUAGUGUGAGUAGGAAUUGUGACUCAUAUCGAGUUUGGGGUGUUACAAGUGGUAUCAGAGCCCACGUUCCUAAAACUAUCCCUUAUGCAAGAGGGUUGUAAAAUAAGACGUGGACAACCUCUAGCGAGGCAACAUUUCAAUUAUAUGUCCUUACGGGAACACAUUGAUCGGUUGUAUCAUAUGGUAGAGGAGCUUGUCAAUCAGCUUAGAGAAGGGAUACCUUGUCCUCUCCCAAUAUCGGUUCCACAUAAUCCAAAAUCACUCGUUAUGGAUUCAAAUUGUCAUUAGAAGUUUAUGAGACUUAAUCCUACUACCUUCGCUGAUACAAAAAAUUUUAUUGAAGUUGAAGGAUGGUUGAAGGCAGUUGAAAAGACAUUUCGAGUUUUGGGGGUGACUUCUGAGUAGAAAGUAAUUCUUGCGACAUACCUACUUGUAGGUGAAGCUAAUCGUUGGUGAGAAUUCAGACAGACCACUUUACCUGCUCCCAUCACCUGGGAACAGUUUUUGGGGGCGUUCAACGCCGAAUAUUUCCUACACGACUUCGACAUUAGAAGAAGUUGGAAUUUAUGCAGUUAACUCAAGGGAACUUGUCGGUAGUUGAGUAUGCUCGGAGAUUCACUGAAUUGACUCGUUUUGCUCCGGCAAUUCUGACUGAUGAAGAAUAAAGGGCAAGAAAGUUCCAGUGGAGGCUAUGUCCAGAAAUUCUAGAUUCUCUUGCAGUUUUAGAACUGAAUACUUAUGAUGAAGUCUUAGAAAAAACAGAGAUAGUGGAAAGCAGACUUAGGGGUUCAUCCUCAAGAGCAGACAGUUCUAGACUACCUAUACCUCCGAGAAGGCCGACUCCAGUGGUUGGUUCACAAGAUAAAAAGCCUACAAUGACAACAGAAAUUUCUCCUAGACCAACAUCAGCACCUGGUAAGGCACUGACUUGCCGUACUUGCAGGAAGAAUAAUGGUAAUUAGCCAUGUCAUUGUGUUACUCGAUCCUAUUUCAAGUGUGGUAGUCAACAACAUUUGAUUCGCAAUUGCUCACUUAUGAAGGAAUAGAUGGAAGCUUCAAGACGGGGACGAAUGUAUACCCUUACUGCAUCAGAUGCUGAAGCAAAUGCAGACAUCGUCCAAAAUAUGUAUCAUGUCUCUAAAAAACUUAGAUAGGGUGUUAAUAGAUCCUGGUUCUACACA